UGGACGACGAAGAGGUCGUCCUUUCGAUCAUAUCGCAUCCACUCAUCGUGGUCGCCUUUUUUUAUAAUUUCCUUUUCUGCAUAGUGAAAAAAACUCAGUCAAGAUUGCAUCCUGGAUACGCGGAAGGAUUGAGGCGGAAGAAGGCUGCUACUGUCAGCCAUGGGGACGGCAAAGAUGAAACAUCUUUGGCCGUUGCUGGCGUGGAUAUUUCUAGUUUCGUAUCCUACGGCCGAAUCACGUAACGGACUCGGCCAUGGAUUGAGGCGAGAAGUAUUCUUCCUAAACCUCGAGGAUGGCUAUUUCGGCUGCCAAGUCAACGAGUCGACGGAUAUUCUGCAACUGCUCGAGCUCUCGAAGCUCUGUGAUCAUCGCACCGAUUGUUAUCAGGGUGCGGAUGAGCAGCGCAACAAGUUAAAGUGCACAGACGACUGUACAAAAGAAGACGGCACCAAAUGUCAAAACGGUGUGUGUCUGAAUUCGGUCUGUCAUUGUAAUGAUGGGUUUGGAGGAUGUAAUUGUCAAGUUCCAGAUGAGAACGAGUGUAAAUAUCGGCCCUGUGAUAUAUUUGCCCACUGUACAAAUACUCUUGGCAGCUUCCAAUGUUCCUGCUUCCCCGGAUAUCGAGGCAACGGCUUUCAUUGCGAGGAUAUCAACGAAUGUGAUGAUCCAGCGCUCGCGGGACGUUGUGUCGAAAAUGCCGAAUGCUGCAAUCUUCCUUCGAAUUUUCUAUGUAAAUGCAAACCCGGCUACAUCGGCGACGGUGAAGUGCAUUGCGAAGAUGUGAAUGAGUGCACGAUACCAGGUGCUUGCGGCGACAAUACCGUGUGUCACAACAUACCUGGCAAUUAUACUUGCACGUGUCAAGAUGGUUUCACGGGAGACCCGUACAACAGUUGUAUCGAUAUUAACGAAUGCGAAUACGAGGGUGCCUGCGGAAAGGGAGCACUAUGCGUAAACUUACCAGGCGCGCAUAAAUGCGAGUGUCCUCAAGGAUACGACGGUAGUCCCGAUGAGGAGUGCAGAGACAUCGACGAGUGUUUAAGAAGUCCUUGUGGACGUUCCGCUCUCUGUACAAAUGUACACGGUAGCUUCCGGUGUUCGUGUCCUGAGGGAAUGGAUGGUGAUCCAUUGUCAGGUUGUCAUGAUAUAAACGAGUGCGAGGAAGGUUCAUCCUGCGGAGCGAACUCGGAAUGCGUGAACACCAUGGGUAGCUUCGAAUGCAGAUGCCAUGCCGGUUAUCAAAUGGAUCCCGUGCAUGGUUGCGUUGACGUGAACGAGUGCAUUGGCGCGAACGCUUGCGUCACCAACGCGAGAUGCAUCAACAUCCCAGGGUCAUACAAGUGCAUUUGUCCGUCGGGUUUCGUCGGCCAAGGACUAACCCUCUGCGAAAACGUGAAUGAAUGCAAGCGCAAUCCAUGCGGCGAGAAUGCCGAAUGCACCGACACGAUCGGCAGCUUUAUCUGCAGUUGCAAGGUGGAUUACACGGGCGAUCCUUACAAGGAGUGCAGUGACAUCGACGAGUGCACUGCUCUGGAGAAUCCUUGUGGUAGGAAUGCGAUUUGCAAGAACGAAGUGCCUGGUUACAAUUGCGUCUGCCCGACGGGGUAUAGUGCCAACCCCAGUUCGCCAGUCGCAUGCGACCAGACUGAUGUGACAACUCUCUGUAAAUCGAAUUUUGAUUGCGUUAACAAUGCCGAGUGCAUUGAAGGGCAGUGCUUCUGUAAAGAUGGCUUCAAGGCUGUCGGUGCCGAGUGCGUAGAUCUGAACGAGUGUCUCACUAAUCCCUGUGGACCCGCAUCGAUCUGUACGAAUACUAGAGGAAGCUAUCAUUGCGAAUGCGAAUCCGGAUUUGUUGGUACUCCGCCCCACAUAGCAUGUAAAGCACCGUGCGAUGAGGUAACUUGCGGCGAACAUGCCUUUUGUAAGGCUGAUGGACACGAGGCUUAUUGCAUUUGCGAAGAUGGUUGGACCUUUAAUCCAAAUGAUAUAGCUGCUGGAUGCGUCGAUAUAAACGAAUGCGAUGCAAAUGUAAAUGGACCUUCUGGAAGAUGUGACAAAAAUGCUAUUUGCACAAAUACACCCGGUGGUUACAGUUGCCAAUGUAAACCUGGAUUUUCAGGAAAUGCCUUCAAACAAUGUAUAGAUAUUGAUGAAUGUAUCAAACCUGUGUGCGGUCAUGGAGCAACCUGUACAAACACCGAAGGUUCUUACGCUUGCUCUUGUCCGGAAGAAACCAUACCAGAUCCCGAUCCCUACAUUAAGUGCGUUGGUAUAGUCAAGUGCGAGGUCGACGGCGAUUGUCCAGGAAACGCUAAUUGUGAUCAGCAAAAGAGAUGUCUAUGUCCCGAGCCUAAUGUCGGAAACGAUUGCAGGCAUCCAUGUGAAGACCUAUCCUGCGGACCGAACGCUAGUUGCAUGCUUCUGAACGAUGUGGCGACGUGCCUUUGCAACGACGGUUACACCGGAAAGCCCGGAGUCAAGGGAGGUUGCCGAGAUGUCGAUGAGUGCGCGAUAAAUCAGUGUGCUCCGGGAGCAAUUUGCAACAACGAGCCCGGUUUCUACUCAUGUCAAUGUCCAAGCGGCAUGACGGGUAAUCCUUACAGCAGUGGCUGCCAGAAGACUAAAACACCUUACGUAUGUAGUCCUAGUGCGCCCUGUCCCGCUGGAGAACAGUGUAUCAAGGACGAAUUCGUGGGCAGUAGCGUGUGCAUCUGUCAGCGCGGUUACAUGCGCGACCACGAGACUGGUAAAUGCAGAGACAUCAACGAGUGUAUGGAACUAAGAGAGAAGCCCGCCUGCGGCGUCAACGCAAUUUGCAAAAAUCUUCCCGGCAGCUACGAGUGUCAGUGUCCCUCGGGCUUCAAUGGAAAUCCGUUCUCGCUUUGCGAAGAAUGCAACAGUAUCGAAUGCCAGUGUCAACCGCCGUACAAAGUCGUCAAUCGUAAAUGCGUGCUAGCUGGAUGCUCCAAGGGCGAGAAAUGUCCGAGCGGUGCCGAAUGCAUAACGAUUUCUGGCGGUGUCAGUUAUUGCGCCUGUCCCAAAGGUUACACGACUAAAUCCGAUGGAUCCUGCGAAGAUAUAAACGAAUGUAUCGUGGGACAUCAAGUCUGCGGUUACGGUGCCGAAUGCAUCAAUCUACCAGGUGCUCAUCAAUGCGUGUGUCCACACGGAUACGGCGGCGAUCCGUACAACGGCCUUUGCUCUCCAGCCCAGAAGAGAUGUACCAACGACAACGAAUGUAAGGCUAACGAGAAGUGUGUGCAACCUGGCGAAUGCGUGUGUCCACCGCCGUUCUACACGGAUCCCUUGGAUGGAAAUCUAUGCAAGAAUCCUUGCGAUCGUUUCCCAUGCGGCAUUAAUGCAAAAUGUACGCCGAGCGACCCGCCAAGAUGCAUGUGCGAGGCUGGCUUUGAAGGUGAUCCGCAGCACGGUUGCGUCGACGUGAACGAAUGCGUGAAUAAUCCUUGCGGUCAUGGCGCGUAUUGCAUCAAUACAAAGGGAGAUCAUAUAUGCGAGUGUCCCAAAGGCAUGGUUGGUGAUCCUUACGGUGCUGGCUGUACGGGAGUUCCGACCAGUAAAAGCGAGUGUUCCUCCAACGACGAUUGCGAAAAUUAUCUGACGUGCGUCCAAGGAAGCUGCGUUAAUCCUUGCGACAAUAUACCGUGCGGUCCAAACGCAUAUUGCGAGCCUGAUAAGCAUGCCGCGUGGUGUAGAUGUGUGAUCGGUUUCACAGAGGGCAAGAACAACGAAUGUGUCUCACAAUGCGAUGGCUUUGUUUGCGGCACCGGGGCUCAAUGUAUCGUCAGUUACGAUGGGCCGACCUGUAAAUGUAUCGAAGGCUUCAUGGGUAAUCCUUUUCCUGGUGGACAAUGCGUGCCGGAUAUUUGCUCACCUGAAAUCCCGUGCGCCGAGCCAAGCGUGUGCAUCAGUGGACGUUGCAAACGGCGUUGCGAGGGAGUGGUUUGCGGUAUCGGAGCAAUGUGCGAUCCUUUAACGAAUAAAUGCGUGUGCAACCCCUACUUUGUCGGCAACCCUGAUUUACUCUGUAUGCCACCGAUUCAACCACCUUAUUGUGAUCCAACCUGCGGAAGGAAUGCGCACUGCGAAUACGGUCUUCAAGAAUCAAAAUGUGUCUGCAAUCCGGGUACUAAUGGAAAUCCUUAUCACGGCUGUGGUAUCCAAGAAAAAUCUGAUUGCUCCACCGCGGUAUGCGGAAAGGAUGCGCAUUGCAACGCAGGUCCCAAUGCUGUCGAAUGUCUCUGCCCACCUGGCUUCGCUGGCAAUCCUUUUAUUCAAUGCUUUGACGUCAAUGAAUGCAACGGAAAUGCAUGUGGAAGCAACGCAGUCUGCAUCAAUACCAUCGGAAGCUACGAUUGUCGUUGCAAGAAUGGCUUCUUCGGCAAUCCCUUCGUUGGAUGUCGGCAGGUGCAAGUAGGUCCGUGCGCCGAUCCUUCGACUUGCGUCUGCAGUGACACUGCACCAUGUCCCUUCGAUUAUACCUGUGUUGAUCACAAGUGCGUAAACCAAUGCAGCGACAUAAAAUGCGGUCCUAGAUCCGUCUGUCAGAACGGAGCAUGCGUGUGUCCGCCAGGUUACAGCGGCAAUCCCAACGAUCUGCACAAAGGCUGUCACUUGCAUGGCCACUGUUCAAACGAUCUUGAGUGCGAGCCCCAGGAGAUUUGUUUCCAAAUCGGUAAAGGCGUUCGCAAGUGCGUGGACGCCUGCAGCAAGUUGCAGUGCGGACCUAACGCACUGUGCGUCACGCAGAAUCAUGUGUCGGCCUGCUUGUGCAUCGACGGUUACCAGGGCAAUCCGAGUAAUCUGAUUGAGGGUUGUCAGCCAGCCAAGUCCGUGAUACCAGGAUGCACACAUGACUCGGACUGUCAGCCAGGUUCCUUCUGCAUUAUCUUAGAUGGUGGUGUACGCGACUGCAUGAAUCCCUGCAGCAAAGUGGUGUGCGGUGCUUAUCAGAAGUGUGAGCCUGAUGUUGUACCUGGUCAUGCCACUUGUAAGUGUCAAGACGGUUACGAAUGGAACCCGGUAUUGUCGUCCUGCGAGAAGCCGUCAGUACCCGAUUGCAUUAGUGACAAUGACUGUCAUUCGAGUGAGGCUUGCAAGCCGGACGCGCUCGGCGUGCUUAAGUGCAUGUCGCUUUGCGAUGGUUUCACCUGCACCGUGAAUUCUCGCUGCGUGGCCGAGAAUCAUCAGGGCCGUUGCGAUUGUCUGCCAGGUUACACAGGUAAUCCGAACGAUCGCCGGGGUUGUCAGAGCCCGCGCGAGAACCGUUGCACCACCGACAGCGAGUGUUCAGAGGAUCAGACGUGUCGCGGCACUCCGGAUGGUCCGCUCGCCUGUCAACUGGUCUGCGAUUUUAUCUCUUGCGGCCCGAACGCGCUCUGCGUCGUCAAUAAUCACGUGGCCAACUGCGAGUGUCCUCCGGGAUCGUACGCUGGCGACCCGAACGAUCCGACAUCCGGUUGUCGCGCGGUGCCCUGCGUCUACAACAUCGACUGCCCACCGGCCCAGCUCUGCAACCGGCUCACGCACACCUGCUACGACGCCUGCGACGAAAAUGCAUGCGGAGUGAAUGCCGUUUGCAUCGCGGAUGACCAUAAAGCGAUCUGCCAAUGCCCGCCUGGACUGCGCCCGAACCCGGUGCCUGACGUCGAGUGUGUCGCCAUCGAGACUUGCCGUCCGGACUCCUGUCACCCGACAGCGCUCUGCGUUCCUGGUCCGACGAACGAACCAGUGUGUCGAUGCCCGUCCAAUCACGUGGGUGAUCCUUAUACGAGCGGUUGUCAACCGGAGGGAUAUUGUUCUGGCCCCAAGGACUGUCCGGUGCAUUCCAUCUGCCACGAUCAUCGCUGCGUGAAUCCGUGCGAGAAUGCGUGCGGCCCCAAUGCGUUUUGCGAGGUCGUGGACGGUCGGCCGAGCUGUAAAUGCAUCCACAGAUUUGUGCCGUCUUCAAAGGGCCCGGAACACGGCUGCGUACGGGGUACGAAUUACUGCACGGUGGAUUCGGAAUGCGAGAACAACGUGUGUCUUGAUGGACAAUGCAGAGCUGUGUGUCGUUCGAUCGCCGAUUGUUCAGACGGAGAACAAUGUAUUAACAACAAAUGUAUGAUCUCGUGCAUUUCGCAUUCUCAGUGCCAAGUGGAUCAGGCAUGUGUUAGUGGAGGAUGUAUUCUCGGAUGUCGCAGCAAUAAAAACUGUCCAACUAUCGAAUCAUGUAUUAACAAUAAGUGUCAAGAUCCUUGCGAUAGAAAAGACAUAUGUGGACCAAAUGCGAUCUGUAGUUGCACAGAUCAUGCGGUUACAUGCACGUGUCCUCUUGGUUUCCACGGUAAUCCUACUCCUGAACAAGGUUGCGUCCGAGUCCCGAGCACAUGUCAGACUCCGCAAGACUGUCCUAGUCAACAUUUGUGCGUCUCGGGAUUAUGUCAAUGUCAAUGUUCCGAACAAAACAACUGCGCGCAAGGGGAACGUUGCAAGAACGGCAUUUGCGUAAAGAUAUGUUACAGCGAUAGUAAUUGUUUGCCUGGCGAACUGUGUAUCGAUGGUACUUGCGAAGCCGGUUGCACAUCGGAUGUCGGAUGCAAACACGACGAAGUGUGCAUCAACAACAAGUGCAGAUGUAGCCAUGGAUUUAUCGCUGGUCCGGAACAUUGCCUGGACAUAAACGAAUGCGAGGAUCAACCGUGUCAUCCGAGCGCCGAAUGUAUUAAUCUUCACGGAUCUUAUCGUUGCACUUGUCCUCAAGGCACCGCGGGCGACCCCGUAGGAUCGGGAUGCACUCUACCGCAUCAAUGCACCGCGCAUACUGAUUGUCCGGACACGCAGGCCUGCAUUCAUCACAACUGUUCGGAUCCAUGCUCUUUCGUCGACUGCGGCUUAAAUACUAUUUGUACCGUUCUGGAUCAUACGGCUGGUUGUCAAUGCCAGCCUGGUUACAUUGGCGAUGCCUCGGGUUGCUUCAAAGUAGAAUGCCUUUCCAAUAGUGAUUGCCCGACGGAUAAAUAUUGCAAUCAGGAAAUCAACAAGUGCAACAGUCCUUGUAAUCAAGUAAAUUGCGGGUAUGGUAAUUGCCUGGCCAUCGAUCAUGUCAGCGUGUGUAAAUGCUAUCCUGGUUUUGUUCUCGUCGGCGACAUCUGCGCUGACGUUAACGAGUGUUUGCAAAAUCCUUGCCACUUCUCAGCUAUAUGCCAGAAUACGGAGGGAUCGUUUGUCUGUGUAUGCCCGCAUGGUUUAGUAGGAGAUCCAUUCAAAACUGGCUGUAAGCAACCUGGCGAUUGUUUCACGGAUUCGGAUUGUCCUAAUUCAGCUGCCUGCGUUGAUAAUAAAUGUACUAAUCCAUGCGAUGUACCGGGAAUUUGCGGUAGAAAUGCGGAGUGUCUUGCACGUGAUCAUGUUCCAAUCUGUAAAUGUCCUGGACAAACAACAGGAAAUCCAGCAACAGAGUGUAUUCAUCUGGAGUGCAAUUAUCAUAGCGACUGCAGUCAAUCGGAUGCAUGUUUCGAUCAUAAAUGCGUCGAUCCUUGUUCCCUUUCGAACGUUUGUGGACACGGAGCUGAUUGCUCCGCGCUCAAUCAUAGCGCGGUUUGUACCUGUCAACCUGGCGGCACAGGUGAUCCGAAUCUUGGAUGUACGCCGCUUCAAUAUUGCAAGACUGACUCGCAAUGCGCAACUGGCUCAGUGUGCAAUGGAGGUAUAUGCACAGCGCUUUGCGGAAGUACGAGAGAUUGCAUCGGCGAUCAACUCUGCAUCAAUGGCAUUUGCCAGCCUACGUGCAGAAGCAAUUCUAGCUGCCCGGAAUACCAAUACUGCCAUAAUAACAUAUGUGUUCAAGAAUUACGUUGUACGUCAGAUAAUGAUUGUGCAUAUGACGAAAAGUGCGUUAAAAACAGUAUCGGACAGGCGGAAUGCCGUACGGCUUGUGAUUUAAUACUCUGUGGCCGUAAUGCUGAAUGUAAGGCUGAUAAUCAUGCCGCAACGUGUUCCUGUACGCAUGGUUUCUUUGGAAACUCUAAAGAUGAUAAGAUCGGCUGUCAGCCUAUCGAAUGCGAAGUCAAUGAAGACUGUACUCAGGAAAAGAUCUGCGAUCUACACAGAUGUAGAAUCGCCUGCCUCGCUCAUAAUCCUUGUGGCGUAAAUGCGAUUUGUACAACGGAGAAACACGUCCAAUUUUGUACAUGUCAACCCGGAUAUACGGGAGAACCCACGCAUGGUUGCGAACUGAUAGAUUACUGUGCAAACGCGCCUUGUGCACCAGGUGCAUUGUGCGAAAACUCACGAGGACACUUUAAAUGUCACUGUCAGCCUGGUACUGUCGGGGAUCCUUAUAACAGUGGCUGUCAACCGCCGGUAGAAUGUCUCCAAGACACAGACUGUCCGCCAACUGCCAAAUGCGUUAAUAUUAAUAACGAACCGAAAUGUACCGAUACUUGCUCACGUACCCGGUGUGGUCCAAAUGCAGAUUGUAUCGCAGGUAAUCAUGCUGCAAGUUGUGAGUGUCGACCCGAUUACGAAGGUGAUCCGAAUAAUCUGAGCGUAGGAUGCCGUCCAAAACCGGUUGUCUGUUCGUCGCACGUCGAUUGUUCGAUCAAUACCUAUUGUUACGAGGGCAUUUGUCGACCAUCUUGCCAAUCGCACGAGGAAUGCAACUUGUCUGACGUUUGCUUGAACGGACAAUGCUUGGAUCCGUGCGAUGUGAGAGGAUCCUGCGGCAUAAACGCCGAAUGCAAAGUGAAAAGUCACAUUAAACAAUGUAGUUGUCCACCAGGCUUCACCGGUAAUUCCGAAGUGGAAUGCGUAAGAUUGCCAGUGUCCUGUCUAGGAAGCAGGGACUGCAAUCAAGGCAACACCUGUCGCGAGAACGUUUGUUUGCCUAUUUGCACCAUCGACGACGAAUGUGCGUUGAACGAAAAAUGCAUUCGUGGCAAUUGCUUGCUAACCUGCCGACUGGACAACGAUUGUUUCCUGGGCCACAUUUGCCUGAAUAAUAUGUGCACUUUCGGCUGUCGCGCUGACGAGGAUUGCAACGCGAACGAGGCAUGUUCAGGCAACAAGUGCGUAAAUCCAUGCGAAGCCACGCCGUGCGGACCAAACGCCAAGUGCACCGUCUUCAACCAACGCGCCACGUGCUCCUGUCCCUCAGGCUUCAUACCAAAUCCGACGGCCAAGGUCGCAUGCUUGAGGUCACCCGGUCCAACUUGUGCGAAUAAUCGAGAGUGUGCCGUGGGUAUGGCUUGCGUAGCCGGUACGUGUACAUCUGUGUGCUCGACCGACGCGAACUGCUUGAGCAACGAGAGAUGCGACAGCUCCGGUUUCUGUAAAUCACUCUGUAGACGGGACGAAGACUGCAGGAGUGGCGAGAUUUGCGAAGGACUAGUAUGCGUUUCCGGUUGUCGAGCGGACAUCGAGUGCCAGGACAAUUAUGCGUGUCUAAACAAUCAAUGUAUAGAUCCAUGUUCAUUGCCUGGUGCUUGCGGUGUAAAUGCCAAGUGCACUACUGUCAACCACGAAAAGAUAUGCACGUGCUCGUCGCCUUUAAUAGGAGACGCUCGUAUCGGAUGCAAGCAGGCUUUCCAUUCUUGCUCGUCUGAACUCGAAUGUUUACCAGGACAAACGUGCUAUGGCAGAUCUUGUUAUUCCACAUGCAGAAGUGAUGCAAAUUGCUUGAGCGAUGAACGAUGCGACGGCGGUAUUUGUAAAGCUAUAUGUAACAGCGAUGAUCACUGCAUUGCAAAUCAAAUAUGUCACAAUCGCAUGUGCGACAUUGGAUGUCGCAGCGAUAAUACGUGUCCAAGUGAUGAAUCUUGUAUCAACAAUCAAUGCAGAAAUCCAUGCGAGGGUGGCAAGGCGUGCGGAGAGUGUGCCGGCUGUCGCGUUGUAAAUCACGUAGCUCAAUGUAACUGUCCCGCAAAUUAUUACGGCAAUGCAUUGAUCAAUUGCGCCAAGACCAUGAUUCCUUGCGACGGUUUGUGUGAGUGCGACGAGAUCGGUUUUUGCACUACCAGUUGCCAUAAUCAGAACGACUGUUCCUGCGGAGAGAUUUGUCAUAGUGGAAAAUGUCGCAUCAAGUGCGACAUCAACAACGCCUGUCCAAAAGGUUACGUAUGCGAUGGAGGCUUGUGUCUGAUCGGAUGUCGCACUCAUUCCGACUGCCCGUCGUCGUUAUCAUGCACGAAUGGUCAAUGUGAAAAUCCAUGUUCCGCUCAUGGAUCACCCUGCGGAAUAAACGCACUCUGCCGCGUCUCGAAUCAUCGCGCGGUCUGCUUAUGCCCAGAAGGCUACCAAGGUGAGCCGAGCCAGGAGUGCUAUCAACUGGAGUGCCAUCACGACAACGAUUGUGAGCCGAACAAGCAUUGCAGCGAAUACGGAGUCUGUACAAAUCCAUGCUUACAACAUGGCGUUUGUGGCUUUAAUGCGCAAUGUCGAGUGAUCAACAAAAAGGCGCAGUGUUCCUGCCCGCCAGGACAUUUUGGCAAUCCAAAGAUCAAUUGCAAGAAAGGCGGAGAUGAAUGUUUACGAAGACCUUGCGGUAUUAAUGCCAAAUGCCGAGAGACUGUAAAUGGUUUCGAAUGCACGUGUGAUCCGGGAUGCCAGGGUGAUCCACAUCAGGUGUGCCUCUGCGAUGGCGAUCUUUGCAAAGACACUCGUUGCGGUGUCAAUGCGGCCUGUCGAAUUUAUAAGAAUCAACCGCAGUGUUAUUGCCCAUCGAAUUAUCCAUCAGGCGACCCGAUGCACGCAUGUAGCUCGGAUAGAGAUUUAGGAGACUGUCGAACGAAUGGAUGCGGAAAGAAUGCCGAAUGCAUUCGAGACGGUGCUAUAUUCGUCUGCCGAUGUCCACCAGGUACUAGCGGAUCGCCCGAUAUCGAGUGCACAACAGAGCGCGAAUGCACCAGCGACUUAGAGUGCCCCAAUGAAAAAGCCUGCAUAAAUCUACAAUGUCUGGACCCGUGCGCGCUACGCGGUGCCUGUGGGAUCAAUGCUCUGUGUCGAGUGGUUCUGCACAAGCCGCGUUGCUCGUGCCCGCAGUGCUAUAUCGGCAUGCCCCAUACGGCCUGCCAUCCAGAUUCUAAAUGCGAUACGCUCAAUCCUAAACCUACGCCGAGCAUCGGUUGUUCCUCCGAUCACGACUGUCCGGAGAGUCUCUCCUGCCACUCCCAGACAGGCGAGUGUCGCGAUCCAUGUUUGAGUUAUCGGUAUACCUGCGAGGUCAACAAGAGGUGUCAGGUGCGGAAUCGUAAACCUACGUGCGUUUGCAAAUACGGCUUCGUGGUCAACGAAAUCGGGGAAUUGACCUGUGCCCCUGACACGCUCACCUGCUCGAGGGACUUCGAUUGCCCGUCGAACGCCGCGUGCGUCAACGGGAAAUGUCAGAAUCCCUGUAACGUGCGAAACAAAAGACCGUGUCCGGCCGAUAAAACCUGCGAUGUCCUGGACCACCGUCCCGUGUGCAUUUGCACCAAAAACUGCAAUCCCUCCCUCUCCAUUUGCCUGCGAGACAGUGGCUGCUCUCCAGACUUGGCGUGCCGCAACUAUCGCUGCGUGGACCCAUGCAGAAACUCCACCUGUCCGGCUGAUGCCCCCUGUUACGUGGAGGAGCACAAGCCUAUCUGCAAGUUCUGUCCCCCCGGCUUUGUGCCAGAUACUAAAUACGGAUGCAUGAAAGAUGUGAAAUGCACGACACAUAACGACUGUCCCGUCCAAUUGGCUUGCGUGAAUCAACAAUGCGUGAAUCCUUGCAACUUGGGCAAUCCAUGCGACUUCGUCGAAGCUUGUCAUGUCCAAUACCAUAGGCCGGUCUGUGUCAAAGAAGUCAGCAAUGAAGCGGAGUGUCCUUACUGUCCACCCGGUAUGCAGUGCGAUCUGUCAACAAACACAUGUGUCAAAGCGGGUUGCACUAGCAACAGGGAUUGUCCGCUGACAGAGGCGUGCAUCGGACAUACUUGUCAGGAGCCGUGUCUAGUUCGAAAUCCUUGCGCGGAACAUGCUGUUUGUAUUAACACGAAUCAUGGAGCAGACUGCAGUUGUGAAGAAGGCUAUCACGGAAAUGGAUUCUCCUAUUGCGACUUGCUAGAAGAAGCCAAAAAUAUUUGCCAAUAUAAUGAAGACUGUCCUCCGAAUAAAUAUUGCGAUCGGCUCAAUAGACAGUGUAUCAAUCCUUGCGUCGAGUUUGACUGCGGAGAAAACACAAAGUGCAUCUCUAAUAACCAUGAGGCGCAGUGCACGUGUCUUCCAGGAUAUCAAGGAAACCCUCAUAUUGGUUGUCAGGAGAUACCGAUUUCCGAUCCUUGCGUUCCAAAUCCUUGCGGUUUGAAUGCGUUGUGCGAGAAUGAUAAUGGAAACCCCGUCUGUUUCUGUCCAAAAGGUCUAACAGGAAGCCCCUUCGAGCAAUGCAUUCCUGAAGGCGAUCAAUGCGAUGGCGAUCCUUGCGGUGCUAACUCGGGCUGCCGAGUGGUUAACGGACAAGUGAAAUGCUUCUGCCUACCAGGAUACGAAGGAAAUCCGCCGCAUUCUCCAUGCACACUUCCUAGCACUUCCUGCGAUCCUUCUCCAUGUGGCCCCAAUACUCGCUGUUCUGUAUUGGAGAAUGGCUUCGCGAAGUGUACCUGUCUACCUGGAUAUAUCGAAAGCCCGAACACUAUUCGAGGAUGCGUGCCGAAAGCCGAUCAAUGCGAAUUUAAUCCGUGCGGUUUUGGAGCGAGAUGCAAUAGCACAAGAGUACCACCUUGUUACUGUCCGGAUCUCAUGAUUGGAAAUCCAUACAAGAGUUGCGGAGCUCGACCGGCAGAACCAUAUGAUCCUUGUUUGCUCUCACCUUGCGGCAAAAACGCCAUUUGCACGGCGGUUGACGGUAUAGCUAAAUGCACAUGCAUACCGCCAUUUGUUGGCAAUCCUUAUAUGGACGGUUGCGAAGCCGAGUGUAUUAUUAAUCAAGAUUGCGAGAGUCAUCUGGCUUGCUUCAAUCAACAUUGCAGAGAUCCAUGUCCAGGCGUGUGCGGUGCGAAUGCGCACUGCGAAGUUGUCAAUCACCUUCCAAUGUGUUCUUGCUUGCCGGGAUACACCGGUGAUCCAUUCAGAGCCUGCAAAGUGGAGAAACCUUUGGUACCAGAUCAGAAUCCGUGUAUGCCAUCGCCAUGUGGUCCGCAUAGUAUUUGUCGUGUGAUGAACGAUCGUGCAGUUUGCUCCUGUAGUCCGGGUUAUCAGGGUACCCCGCCGCAUUGUCGUCCAGAGUGUCUCGUCAGCACUGAAUGUCCGGCUCAUCUGGCUUGUAUUAAUCAAAAGUGUAAUGAUCCAUGCCCGGGAUUGUGCGGCUUGAAUGCCGAUUGCCAAGUCAUCAAUCACAAUCCUAUCUGUAGUUGUCCUCGUCAGUAUAUUGGCGAUCCAUUCACGCAUUGCGCUAAAGAAGAACCAUUACCGCCGACGACUGUUAAUCCUUGUUUGCCAUCACCUUGCGGACCCAACGCUGAUUGUCGAGUUCAAGAGGAUCAUCCUAUAUGCACGUGCAUCAGCGGUAUGUUCGGAGCACCACCGAAUUGCAGACCGGAGUGUGUGAUCGACCAAGAUUGCAUUAGUUCUUUGGCUUGUAUUCAGAAGAAAUGUCUGGAUCCGUGCGGUGGAUCAUGCGGUUUCAACACGAAUUGUACGGUGCAGAAUCAUCGACCUAUAUGUCAAUGUUACGAAGGCUACGAAGGUGAUCCUUUCUCAGGCUGUGCCAAAGCCGUUUUCCCAGCGCAAUUGCCGUGCGAUCCUUCGCCGUGCGGUGCAAACGCCGUGUGUAAAGAGCGUAAUGGCGUGGGCUCUUGUACCUGUUUGCCCGAUUAUACCGGUGAUCCAUAUGAGGGCUGUAGACCAGAAUGCGUGCAGAACUCGGAUUGCGCUCACACGAAGGCUUGCAUUAAUAACAAGUGCAAGGAUCCCUGUAUUGGAGCGUGUGGAAUCAACGCGCAAUGUCAAGUUUAUAAUCAUCAGCCAUCCUGUAGCUGCCUCUACGGUUACACCGGAGACCCGCUUACGUCUUGCCACGUACCAAUAAAGCCUCCAGUAUCAGGUGAUAUGUGUCAACCAUCUCCCUGCGGACCAUAUAGCAAUUGCCGUGUUAUCGAUAAUCACGCAGUGUGCUCCUGCCAACCUAAUUACAUCGGUAGUCCACCAUCCUGUCGACCAGAAUGCGUAGUUAGCACAGAUUGCAGCCCGAACACGGCAUGUAUCAAUCAGAGAUGCAAGGAUCCAUGCCUAGGCACUUGCGGCGUAAAUACAGAUUGUCGAGUGAUCAAUCAUAAUCCAGUCUGUAUUUGUACAAUCGGUUAUAGCGGAGAUCCGUUCUUCGGAUGCGUUAAAGAAGUGGAAGUAACGCCAGCACCAAGACCAAGCGGCAAUCCUUGCGUUCCCUCGCCGUGUGGACCGAAUUCGCAGUGUCGGGUAAUCGAUGGUUUCCCGGCAUGCUCGUGUUUGCCGAAUUAUGUGGGCCGGGCGCCAAAUUGUCGCCCCGAGUGUGUCAUAAAUGAAGGGUGUCCCGGAAACCUGGCGUGCCAGAACGAACAAUGCGUGGAUCUGUGCCCAGGCUCAUGCGGCGUAAACACAUAUUGCAAUGUCGUAAAACACAAUCCCGUCUGCAUCUGUAACGAUGGUUACACUGGCAAUCCAUUCACAGAAUGUACACCUAUUGUGGAAGCACCCAUUACAACGGAACAACCACGUACACCCUGUAAUCCAUCACCAUGUGGCGCUAACGCCGUGUGCAACGAACGGAACGGCGUCGGGUCUUGCACGUGUUUACCGCAGUAUUUCGGCGAUCCAUAUAUUGCCUGCAGACCCGAAUGCGUGACCAAUACCGACUGCGAUCGCAGCAAAGCUUGUCUGAAUAACAAGUGCAUCAAUCCAUGUAUCAAUACCUGCGGUCAAGAUGCCACGUGUCGGGUGAUCAAUCACGCCCCGAUGUGCUCCUGUCUACCGGGUUAUACUGGCGACCCGGUAAACGGCUGCACCAUCGUCAAUAUCGCGACGCCGUUACCAUCACCGAUCGAUCCAUGCGAUCCGUCACCAUGCGGACCGAACAGCAAUUGCCGAGUUCAAAACGGACAUGCAGUAUGCCUAUGUCAGCCAGGAUUCUCUGGCGUCCCGCCGACCUGUCGACCAGGAUGCAUCGUUAGCUCCGAGUGUUCGCAGAAUAAGGCGUGCAUCCACAACAAAUGCGCGGAUCCGUGUCCCGGUUCCUGCGGACAGAACACGAAUUGUCUCACGGUGAACCAUAAUCCCAUCUGUAGCUGCGCCAGCGGCUACUCUGGCGAUCCCUUCGUGCAUUGUGCCAAGAUCAGCACCACAUCGCCGUUGCCAAAGGGAGAGGGAGAUCCGUGCUCACCCAAUCCAUGCGGUCCCAACUCGCAGUGCAAAGUAGUAGGCUUGUACCCGGCGUGCUCCUGCUUGCAAAACUACAUCGGUCGUCCUCCUAACUGCAGACCGGAGUGCACCGAUAAUUCGGAAUGCUUCAACACCGCGGCAUGCAUCAAUCAGAGAUGUAAGAAUCCCUGUCCCGGUGCUUGCGGCGAGCUCGCUAGGUGCACAGUGCAAAAUCACAUUCCAAUCUGUACCUGUCCGGAAGGAUACGAAGGCGAGCCUAGCGUGCGCUGCGUUCUGGCGCUUCCGCCAGCGACAGACAGGCCUGUGUCGAAUCCGUGCUCGCCGAAUCCUUGCGGUCCUAAUGCACAAUGUCGUGAGAGAAACGGAGCGGGCGCUUGCGGAUGUCCACCAGAUCUGAUCGGUGAUCCUUACGACAUUGUCAAAGGGUGCCAUAGAGAAUGCGAAACAAACAACGACUGCGCACCGCAAUUGGCGUGUGUUGGCUUUAAAUGCACGGAUCCGUGUCCCAAUACGUGUGGAACGUUGUCUAUAUGCAAUGUACAAGCACAUGUUCCUGUCUGCUUGUGCCCACCAGGAUAUACCGGAGAUCCAUACUUUGCUUGCGAAAUCGAGGAAAUGACAAAAACAUUGGAACCAUGUUCUCCAUCGCCUUGUGGACCCAACAGUAAAUGCCGAGUCGUUAAUGGUCAAGCCGUAUGCAGUUGUUUACCAGAGUAUAGGGGCAUUCCGCCAUCGUGCAGGCCAGAAUGCAUCGUUAAUGCUGAAUGUCCACUACAUCUCGCAUGUGUAAAUAAGAAAUGCGCGGAUCCUUGCCCCAAUUCCUGUGGAUUGAGAGCGCAAUGUACUACGAAAAAUCACAAUCCGAUUUGCACUUGCCCUGCCGGUUUCACAGGAGAUCCUUUCACUUUGUGCUCCCCACACGUUUCUACCGAUUUCCCGAUAACUGAACGACCACCGUCAUGCACCCCGUCGCCUUGCGGUCCCAAUUCCUUAUGCCAAAUAAUAUCCGGCAAUCCUGCGUGCUCCUGCUUGCCUAAUUACAUUGGCGUACCGCCACAAUGUCGACCAGAAUGCAUUUUGAGCUCCGAGUGCAAAAGUCAUCUCGCGUGCGUUAAUCAAAGGUGUACGGAGCCAUGUCCAGGCUCGUGCGGAAUAAAUGCUCAAUGUCACGUGUUGAAUCACUUGCCAGUUUGCACAUGCAUGGAAGGUUUCACCGGUGAUCCAUUUACGCAAUGCAGUAUUAUUCCUCCAGUUACAGAACCACCGCCGACAGAUCCUUGCGCUCUAUUUCCAUGUGGUUCAAACGCUGUAUGUGAUAACGGUGAAUGUAAAUGCUUGCCUGAAUACAUCGGUAAUCCUUAUGAAGCGUGUCGUCCCGAAUGUAUUCUCAAUUCCGAAUGUCCUCGCGAUAAAACUUGUCUGAAGAAUAAAUGCAAAGAUCCUUGUACCGGAAUAUGCGGUCAGAAUGCGCGAUGCGACGUCGUGAAUCACAUUCCUGUUUGCUCCUGCCCAUCUGGAUACGUAGGUGAUCCAUUCGUCAAUUGUCGUGUUCAACCUACAGUACCAGAAUCUCGAAAAGAUCCUUGCACACCUUCGCCUUGCGGACCGAACAGUCAAUGCCGUAAUAUUGAAGAUCACGCUGUGUGCUCUUGUCUCCGGGGUUACCUCGGCUCUCCGCCAUCUUGUAGACCAGAAUGUGUCGUUAGUUCUGAAUGUCCACCAACGCGAGCUUGCGUAAAUAAAAAAUGCACAGAUCCGUGUCUGGCUUCCUGCGGUUUGAACGCAAGAUGCGAAGUGAUCAACCAUUCGCCGAUAUGCAGCUGUCUGCCUACGCAGACGGGAGAUCCAUUCAAGAGUUGUUACGACAUUCCAAUUCCUCCGGAACCUAAGGAUCAGGGCGAUCCUUGUAUUCCUUCACCAUGCGGACCAAACGCAAUCUGUCAGAAUGCAAAUGGUCAACCGUCGUGUUCGUGUCUGCCUACAUACAUCGGCGUUCCGCCAUCAUGUCGGCCGGAGUGUGUGAUCAAUCCUGACUGCCCGCCGGAAAAGUCUUGUAUAAAUAUGAAAUGUAAAGAUCCCUGCCCAGGAUCCUGCGGAGAUAACGCCGAGUGUAAAGUAGUAAAUCAUGCAGUAACCUGUUCGUGUAAGAUUGGAUAUACAGGCAAUCCGUUCGUGCAAUGCGUGCUAGAAGAGGAAACGAUGAAUCCGUGCGAGCCUUCGCCGUGUGGAGCCAACGCGAUCUGUCAGCAACGAGAUAACGCGGGCGCUUGCAUAUGCAUCGAUGAUUAUUACGGAAAUCCUUACGAGGGCUGUCAACCAGAAUGUGUCCUGAGCGCGGAUUGUCCCACAAACAAGGCUUGCAUUCGCAACAAAUGUAAGGAUCCUUGCCCAGGCGUGUGCGGCGUACGGGCACAGUGUUCGGUCAUCAAUCACAUUCCUACGUGUACUUGCGAGCCUGGAUAUAUGGGGGAUCCGUUUACGAUUUGCACUCUUCAACCAGAAGUAGAUACGGAGCCAACCGUUAGGGAUCCAUGCUCACCUACACCCUGCGGGCCAAACAGCUUGUGCCGUGCUGUAAACAAUCAAGCCGUGUGCACGUGUCAAGAAUCUUUCAUAGGUGUUUCGCCGAACUGCAAGCCGGAAUGCGUUGUCAAUUCUGAGUGUCCGCAGAACAGAGCGUGCUACAAGUAUAAGUGCACAGAUCCGUGUCCUAAUACUUGUGGAAUCGAGGCCACCUGUCGUGUCAUUAAUCACAACCCGCUCUGCAGCUGUCCGCAGGGAAAGACGGGCGAUCCUUUCUCCAGAUGUUUCCCCGAACCUGUUGUGCCGCUACCACCGAUGGAUCCUUGUUUCCCCAGUCCAUGCGGACUUUAUGCGGAAUGUAAAGUUGUCAACGGUCAAGCUGCGUGCACCUGCUUGGAAAAUUAUAUAGGAAUACCACCCAACUGCCGCGCGGAAUGCGUAGUUAAUACAGAUUGUCCGUCAGAUCAAGCUUGUAUCUCGAAAAAAUGUCGCGAUCCUUGCGUCGGCUCCUGCGGUCAAAAUGCAGAUUGUCGAGUUCAGAAUCAUAUACCGGUUUGCUUGUGUCAACCUGGCUAUUCUGGCGAUCCCUUCACUUUGUGUACAGUAAUUAAAGAACAACCAAAAGUUCCUCAAGAUUUGUGCAAUCCUUCACCUUGUGGACCUAAUGCGGCGUGCAACGAAGGCGUAUGCACCUGUCUGCCCAAUUAUUUCGGAGAUGCGUAUUCUUAUUGUCGACCGGAAUGCACAAUGAAUUCUGAUUGUCCUCGCAUCAAAACAUGCAUCAAUCAAAACUGCGUGGAUCCUUGUCCAAACACAUGCGGUCGUGACGCACGUUGCGACGUUGUUAAUCAUGUUCCAAUGUGCAGUUGUCCACCUGGUUACACUGGAGAUCCAUUCCGUUUAUGCCAGCCACAUAUACCGGAUGAUAUCAUAAAACAGCCUUGCACACCUUCGCCUUGUGGGCCAAACAGCAUCUGCAAAGUUGUAAAUGAUCAUGCUGUGUGUUCUUGUCAACCUGGUUUAAUUGGUAGUCCACCCGCUUGCAAACCAGAAUGCAUUGUCAGCGGUGACUGUUCAUUGACACAGGCGUGUCUGAAUAAUAAAUGUCAAGAUCCGUGCCCAGGCACAUGCGGACAGAAUACAAAUUGUCAAGUGGUUAAUCAUAAUCCAAUAUGCAGUUGCUCCGAAUCUUACACAGGCGAUCCUUUCACCAUAUGUUAUCCGCAACCGAAAACACCACCUGUAUCGAUGAACCCAUGUCUACCAUCGCCCUGCGGUCCAAAUGCAGAGUGUCAAGUGAGGGGUGAGAGUCCCGCGUGCUCCUGUGUCGAAAAUUACGUCGGUUUGCCACCGAAUUGCAGACCGGAGUGCACUAUCAAUCCCGAGUGUCCGCCGCAAUUGGCGUGUUUGCAACAAAAAUGUCGCGAUCCGUGUGUCAGUCUGUGCGGUCUGAACGCUCAGUGUUCGGUUGUGAAUCACCAUGCGGUUUGUGCGUGCAUCGCCGGAUACACCGGGAAUCCAUUCAGCUCAUGCGAACGAGUACCCGAGGAUACGCCCCUAGAUAUUAGAAAACCAUGCGAGCCUUCUCCUUGCGGUCUCAAUGCCGUCUGUCGCGAAAACAACGGCGUUGGCUCGUGCACCUGUCUGCCAGAUUAUCUAGGUGAUCCCUAUGAAGAAUGCAGACCCGAAUGCACACAAAAUUCUGACUGUCUGACAAGAAUGGCGUGUGUAAGUUUGAAAUGCAGAGAUCCUUGCCCAGGAACUUGCGGAAUAAAUGCCCAAUGCCAAUCAGUUAAUCACCUGCCAAUCUGUACUUGCAUCCCCGGCUAUACUGGCAAUCCGUUUACGCACUGCUCCCCAAUAAUUGAAGACAUCUUGCCAGAAACAAAUCCGUGCAGCCCAUCUCCCUGUGGACCAAAUAGUAAGUGUCGAGAUGUAAACGGCCUUGCCGUUUGUUCCUGUCUCUUGAAUUUUAUCGGCAGUCCCCCCAACUGUCGUGCUGAAUGUGUGGUAAACAGCCAAUGCUCUUCGGAUCUUGCUUGCGUCAAUCAGAAAUGUACAUCGCCCUGCCCGGACCCAUGUGGAAUAAGCACCCAGUGCAAAGUGAUCAAUCAUAGUCCCAUCUGCAUCUGCAAUCCCGGUUAUACCGGGGAUCCUUUUAUAAGCUGUUUCCCCACCCCACAACCGUUAGAUUUUCCUGUAGCCCCUAAAGAUCCGUGCUUGCCGUCUCCAUGCGGUAUGUACGCGGAAUGCAGGAAUAUCGAUGGUACAGCAUCGUGCUCCUGUUUACCGAUCUACAGGGGAUCACCACCGAACUGUCGCCCCGAAUGUCGUGUGAAUUCCGAAUGCCCGAUGAAUCUCGCCUGCAACAAUGAGAAAUGCAGGGAUCCCUGCUUAGGCUCUUGCGGCAUCACUUCCUUAUGUACAGUCUAUAAUCACGUAUCCGUCUGUACUUGUCCCGAAGGAUACACUGGUGAUCCGUUCAGUAAUUGUUAUCCCAGACCAGUUACAACACCAUCGGUAAUUAUCGAUCCUUGCGAUUUGAAUCCUUGUGGUCCAAAUGCACGAUGCAACAAUGGCAUUUGCACGUGUUUGCCCGAAUACCAGGGUGAUCCUUAUGUAGGUUGUCGACCCGAGUGUGUCACAAACACCGAUUGCGCCCUCGACCGUGCAUGUAUUCGCAACAAAUGCAUGGAUCCCUGUCCGAAUACAUGUGGUCAAAAUGCAUUAUGCUCCGUGUACAAUCAUGUACCUAUGUGCACCUGUCCAGCCGGAAUGGCUGGCAAUGCCUUUGUUCAAUGUUCUCUCGCAGAUAUUCCAAAGGGAAAUCCUUGCUCACCCUCGCCUUGCGGACCCAACAGUAUUUGCCGAGAAAACAACGGGCAACCAGUAUGCUCGUGUGUUGCCGGAUUCCUUGGCGUACCGCCAGCAUGUAGACCAGAAUGCACUGUCAGUUCCGAAUGUCUUCUGACAGAAGCUUGCAGUAAUCAAAAGUGCAUAAAUCCUUGCCUUGGUGCAUGUGGAAUCCAAGCUACGUGUCAAGUGAUCAACCACAAUCCUAUCUGUAGUUGUGGAGAACUCACUGGAGAUCCAUUUAUUCGAUGCUUUCCACGACCACCUGAACCUGUUCAACAAACAAACCCUUGUGUGCCAUCUCCUUGUGGAGCGAACGCCGAAUGUCGUGUGGCAGGUGAUACUCCCAUAUGCUCGUGUCUACCUGAAUUCUUAGGUUCACCACCUUAUUGUAAACCAGAAUGCAUUAGCAACAGUGAAUGUCCCUCACAUUUGGCAUGUAUAAAUAAGAAAUGUAAAGAUCCUUGCGAGAAUUCAUGUGGAACCAAUGCUGAAUGUCGUGUGGUGAGUCACACACCCAUGUGUGUUUGCCCUAGCGACUUUACCGGAGAUCCAUUUACCCAGUGUACAAUAAAGCCACCUACAACUUUUUCAUUAUCGCCUUGUAAGCCAUCACCUUGUGGCUUUAAUGCCAUUUGUAAGGAACAAUAUGGUGUUGGAUCUUGUUCUUGCUUACCAGAUUAUGUAGGCAAUCCUUACGACGGAUGUCGACCGGAAUGCGUUGUUGAUACAGAUUGCAUAUCCGCUCUUGCUUGCAUACAAUCAAAAUGCAAGGAUCCAUGUCCUGGCGUUUGUGGACAAUUUGCCGAGUGUCAAGUUAUUAAUCAUCAGCCCUCUUGCACAUGUAUUGCUGGUUAUAGUGGCAAUCCCUUCCAAUAUUGCAAUAUAAUUCGCGAUAUUGUUGAUACUCCGAGAGAUGUUUGCAAUCCAUCGCCUUGCGGGCCCAAUAGCCAAUGUCGUGUUAAUAACAAUCAAGCAGUCUGUUCUUGCCUUCCGAUUUUCAUCGGUAGUCCACCCACGUGUCGUCCUGAAUGCGUGACAAGUUCGGAUUGCUCGCUCGUACUUGCUUGCAUGAAUCAGAAAUGCCAAGAUCCCUGCCCUAAUUCUUGCGGUCAAAAUUCAAAUUGUAGGGUCAUAAAACAUAAUCCAAUUUGCUCUUGCAAGAAUGGUUAUACCGGAGAUCCAUUUACUGUUUGCUUCCAAACACCUGUGAAUCCGCCUAUUGUAAAUGACGUUGUGAGAGAUCCAUGCAUACCGUCGCCUUGCGGUGCAUUUUCUGAAUGUCGCGAUAUAGGAGGGAUGCCAUCGUGUUCUUGUUUGCCAACGUAUAGAGGCAGUCCUCCAAAUUGUAAACCAGAAUGCACGAUCAAUGCGGAAUGUCCGGCUAAUAUGGUUUGCAUGCAACAAAAAUGUAGGGAUCCCUGUCCAGGUUUAUGCGGCAUAAUGGCUGAAUGUAGCGUCCUGGACCACGUGCCGAUUUGUUCAUGCUUACCCGAUUAUACCGGCGAUCCUUUCGUCCAGUGUUCUAUAAAUUCAUUUCCUAUUCAGUUGUCUAAGCCGGAUCCAUGCAGACCUUCACCUUGCGGAUCUAAUACGCAGUGCAACGAAGGAAUUUGCACUUGCAUAACAGAAUAUUUUGGAGACCCGUAUAGCGGUUGUCGCCCACAAUGUGUAUUGAAUAACGAUUGCCCGAACACGCAGGCAUGCGUGCGAAACAAAUGCGUGGAUCCUUGUCCAAAUGUUUGUGGCCAAAACGCCAUGUGCAAUGUAUACAAUCAUAUUCCCAUGUGUACUUGUCUUGCAGGAAUGAUUGGAAAUGCUUUUGUUUUGUGCUCUCCCGCUCCAGCACCCUCCGUUAGUAAUCCAUGUAAUCCGUCUCCAUGCGGUCCGAACAGUCAAUGCAGACAAAAUAACAUGCAAGCCGUAUGCAGUUGCAUAAGCGGAUUCGUCGGAGCGCCUCCGACUUGCCGGCCCGAAUGUGUAAUAAAUUCAGAUUGCCCGAAGAACGAAGCGUGUAUCAAUCAAAAGUGUCGGGACGUUUGCCCCGGAAGUUGCGGACGCAACACAAUUUGCAAUGUCAUUAAUCAUAAUCCCGUUUGUGCCUGUCGUCCUGGAAUGACCGGAGAUCCGUUUAUUAAUUGUUUCCCACCUCCUGAAGAACCAUUACCCGUGCUCAAUCCCUGUCAACCAUCACCGUGUGGGCCAAACGCGCAAUGUCAAGUGAUCAAUAAUCAACCGUCUUGUUCGUGUUUACAAGAAUUUAUCGGAUCGCCACCCAACUGUCGAUAUGAAUGCAUCAGUAAUAGCGAAUGCUCGAAUAAAAUGGCCUGUAUCAACCAAAAGUGUCGCGAUCCAUGCAUCAAUGCAUGCGGAAUCAACGCCAUUUGUAACGUUGUUAGUCACACACCGAUGUGCGCCUGUACACCCGGUUAUACUGGCGAUCCAUUCACGCAGUGCUCUCCCCAACAAUUUGAUAUACAGCCUAACGUAGCCACACCGUGCACACCAUCUCCGUGUGGUGCGAAUGCAAUAUGCAGAGUUCUGCAAAAUGCUGGUUCUUGCUCAUGUUCACCCGAUUAUGUGGGUAAUCCCUAUGAAGGAUGCAGACCUGAAUGCACACUCAAUUCCGAUUGCCCGUCUAAUCAGGCGUGUAUCGGUCUAAAAUGCAAAGAUCCAUGUCCAGGAACGUGCGGUCAGAACGCACAAUGUUACGUGAUUAAUCAUUCACCGACUUGUACCUGUUUUGAACGAUUUACAGGAAAUCCAUUUAUAUACUGCAAUCUCAUUCCCGAAACCCCGAUUCUAUCAGAUAACAUUGAUCCCUGUCAACAAUCUCCUUGUGGCCCAUAUAGUCAAUGUAAAUCAAGUAAUGGCCAAGCUGUUUGCUCUUGCCUUUCAAAUUAUAUCGGUGCACCGCCCGGUUGUAAGCCAGAAUGCACAGUUAGCACAGAAUGCGCGACGAAUCGCGCUUGCGAAAAUAAUAAAUGCAUCGAUCCUUGUCCAAACUCGUGCGGUCAGGGAACAACAUGCAGAGUUGUGAAUCAUAGUCCAAUAUGCAUGUGCAAAUCCGGAUUCAGCGGUGAUCCAUUCACGCGCUGCACAUUCGUACCACCUUCUCCAUUACCAAGUCCGCCUUCAGAUCCUUGUAUACCUUCUCCGUGCGGACCUAAUUCGCAAUGUCGCAAUGUCAAUGGUUAUCCAUCUUGUUCCUGCAUGAUUAAUUAUAUUGGCGCACCGCCAAACUGUCGUCCUGAAUGCAUCAUUUCUUCCGACUGUCCGAGUAAUCAGGCUUGUAUUCGCGAAAAAUGCCAAGAUCCCUGUCCAGGUUCUUGCGGUCUGAAUGCCGAUUGUACCGUUCACAAUCAUAUCCCAAUCUGCAGAUGUAUAGACAGUUAUACCGGCGAUCCGUUUAUCAGUUGUCAACCUACGCCAAUUAAUGACAUGCCAGUACAAAAACCUGAUCCAUGCAGUGGAUCACCCUGUGGAUCAAAUGCUCGAUGCAAUAACGGCAUUUGUACUUGUUUACCUGAAUAUUUCGGCGACCCAUAUCUUGGAUGUCGACCUGAAUGUGUAUUCAGUACGGAUUGUUCCGCGGAUAGGGCAUGCAUACGAAAUAAAUGCGUAGAUCCCUGCCCAGGAACUUGUGGACAAAACAGUUUAUGCAAUGUGAUAAAUCACACGCCGAUGUGCAGUUGUCCCUCCGGUACCACCGGAAACGCGUUUAUUUCUUGCGAUGUAAUGAAAGUUCCGUCCGUAACAAGACCGUGCAGUCCGAAUCCCUGCGGUCCAAACAGCAUAUGUCGCGAAUUAAAUGGACAGGCCGUGUGCACGUGCGCGCCGGAAUUCCUUGGAUCACCACCCCUUUGCCGACCAGAGUGCACUCUUAGCUCCGAUUGUCGGCCAAACGAAGCUUGCAUCAAUCAGAAAUGCAAAGAUCCUUGCCCUGGUACAUGCGGCAUUCAAGCCAGAUGUGUAGUCGUCAAUCAUAAUCCUGUGUGCUCGUGUCCCGAACGUUAUACAGGCGAUCCAUUCGUCAGAUGCGAUGUUAUGAGACCAGUAGCUCCUGCGAUAAACCCUUGUCAACCUUCGCCCUGCGGUCCGUACGCUCAGUGUCAAGUCAUUAACGAUAUGCCCUCUUGUUCGUGCCUGCCCGAGUAUAAAGGCUCGCCUCCGUAUUGUCAACCCGAGUGCAUCUCCAAUUCCGAAUGUCCCGGUCAUCAGAGUUGCGUGCGGCAAAAAUGCAUAGAUCCCUGUCCAGGUCUAUGUGGAGAGAGUGCGGAAUGCCAUGUGGUGCAACACAUACCUCAUUGCGUCUGUUCCUACGGUCUCACCGGUGACCCGUAUACGCGUUGCUCGAUGAUACCUCCUUACGAACAAGAACUGGAACCAAAACCAUCGCCCUGCGCAAAUUUUGAAUGCGGCACGAACGCGAUAUGUAGAGAGCGAGACGGCAUCGCAAUUUGUCAGUGUACCUCUAAUUAUGCUGGCAAUCCUUAUUUAGCGUGUCGACCCGAAUGCGUUAUCAAUCCCGAUUGCCCAUCCAAUUUGAUGUGCAUAAGAAAUAAGUGCGUCAACCCCUGUGCAGGCGUGUGCGGCCAAAAUGCCGAUUGCUCGGUUGUUAAUCAUCAACCGAUGUGUACGUGUAUCCCCGGAUAUACUGGAGAUCCUUUUGUUUCUUGUUUCGUGGAGAAAAUAAUCUCAGAUGAAAACGUUUGUGCCCCGUCACCCUGCGGACCCAACAGCAAAUGCAAAGAAGUAUCUGGACAGGCAGUCUGUUCAUGCCUGCCAACGUACGUUGGAACUCCACCUGCAUGUAGACCCGAAUGUAUCGCUAGCUCAGAAUGUCCCCCGCAAUUAGCAUGCAAGGACUACAAAUGCGUGAGUCCCUGUCCAAGCCCAUGUGGACUCAAUACCAAUUGCAUGAUCGUUAAUCACAGCCCGAUCUGCAGUUGUAUGCCCGGUUACAGUGGAGAUCCUUUCACCAUAUGCACAUUAAUUCCACCUGUAACACCAUCGAUAAUUGAAAAAGAUCCAUGCCUGCCAUCCCCAUGCGGUAGUUUCUCUCAAUGCAGAAGUAUCGGCGGUUCUCCCGCGUGUACUUGCUUGGAAAAUUACAUAGGUCAGCCACCUAAUUGCCGACCUGAGUGUAUCAUACACUCGGAAUGCCCGAGCGAUAGAGCUUGCAUCAACAUGAAAUGCGUUAAUCCGUGCCCCGGCUCGUGCGGUACUAAUGCCCUGUGUUCAGUCAUUAAUCACAUUCCCACAUGCAGAUGUCCCGAAGGAUACACAGGAAAUACAUUUAUUCUCUGCGAGAUUGUAACAACACCAAUUCCAUCUCCAGUCGAAGACGCCUGCAUCCCUUCACCCUGCGGCCCCAACGCGGAAUGCUCAGACGGUGUUUGUAGUUGUAUACCAGAGUUUCGAGGAGAUCCAUAUGUAGGUUGUCGUCCGGAAUGUGUCCUAAAUGCCGACUGUCCUCGCGAUAGAGCGUGCAUGCGUAAUAAAUGUUUAGAUCCGUGCCCCGGAGCUUGCGCCCUUAACGCAUUAUGCACGGUAAUCGGUCACGUUCCCAUGUGCAGUUGUCCUGGAAAUAUGACUGGCAAUGCAUUUAGUCAAUGCACGCCUUUACAAGAUAUGCCACCCGCUAAUCCAUGCGCCCCUUCGCCCUGUGGACCAAACAGCGAAUGUCGCGUUAUAAACAAUCAAGCAGUCUGUUCCUGUGUAAGAGGAUAUUUAGGUAGCCCCCCAACCUGCAGACCUGAAUGCAUAGUCAGCACGGAUUGUCCACAAAAUGAGGCUUGUAGCAAUCAAAAAUGUACAAAUCCUUGUCCAGGAAGUUGCGGAUUAAAUGCCCUGUGUCAUGUAGUGAAUCAUAAUCCGAUUUGCGUUUGCCCUCCUCUUCAAACCGGCGAUCCUUUCGUUAGAUGUUACCAAGAAGCACCUCAAGAGUUACCGUCACCUCCUACGCCAUGUAAACCAAAUCCGUGUGGUCCAAAUUCAUAUUGCCAAGCGCGCGAUGAUAGAUCUGAGUGUACAUGUUUACCCAAUUUUAUCGGCACUCCGCCUAAUUGCAGAGCAGAGUGCGUCAGUAAUAGCGAAUGCGCUAAUCACUUGGCUUGCAUUAAUCAAAAAUGUCAGGAUCCGUGCGUUGGUUCUUGUGGUGCGAAUGCUAAUUGUCACGUUGUCAGUCAUACCCCGAUGUGUUCUUGCGUGGAUGGUUUCACCGGUGAUCCAUUCACGCAAUGCAUUUUCAGAGAACCCACACCAUUGUCACCGAUUGAUCCUUGCACCCCCUCUCCUUGCGGCUCCAAUGCAGUAUGCAAGGAAUUCAACGGUGCUGGUUCAUGUACAUGUUUACCGAAUUACAUUGGUAAUCCGUACGAAGGAUGCAGACCAGAAUGCAUCUUGAAUUCGGAUUGUCCUGCUAAUCUGGCUUGCAUAAAUACGAAAUGUAGAGAUCCAUGUCCGGGAUCGUGUGGACGCAAUGCAUUAUGCCAAGUAAUCAACCACUUGCCGGUUUGCAAUUGUUAUCCCAGAUAUACUGGCAACGCUUUCUUAUAUUGCAGCCCGGUAGAAAUAGAAGGAGACAGUACUGUCAGUAACCCCUGCGAACCAUCACCUUGUGGACCUAAUAGCUUGUGUCGCGUAGUGGAUAGUACGAGUGUCUGCACUUGUUUACCCGCCUUCUUAGGUAGCCCACCAAAUUGUCGCCCCGAGUGCACUAUUAGCACCGAAUGCGCCUUUAGUCUGGCGUGCAUCUCGAAUAAAUGCAGCGAUCCUUGCCGCAGUAGUUCUAGAUUGUGCGGUUCUAAUGCGAGAUGUGAAACGAUCAAUCAUAAUCCCAUAUGUUCGUGUCCGCCUAGUUUUACUGGCGACCCAUUCAUUGCCUGCUUUGAAAUGCCACCUAAAGAUGAAGAGCCUCGUCCACUUGUGAAUCCUUGCGCACCUACACCCUGCGGACCUUUCUCGGAAUGCCGUGACAUUAACGGUCAAGCAUCGUGUGCUUGUUUAUCGACAUAUAUAGGAACACCACCCAAUUGUAGACCUGAAUGUACAAUUAACUCAGAAUGUUCGACUAAUCAGGCAUGUAUACAGAGAAAGUGUCGAAAUCCUUGCGAUGGCGUGUGCGGUGUACAAGCAACUUGUAGCAUUCAUCAACAUACACCCAUAUGUUCUUGUCUCACUGGAUUUACCGGUGAUCCAUUCGUAAUGUGUAGACCAGUUUCCGAGGAAGAUACAACACUCACACCAACGGAUCCAUGUUUAAAUUGCGGUGCAAAUACGCAAUGCUUUAAUGGUGUAUGUUCUUGCCUCCCUGAAUAUCAAGGAGAUCCAUACUUUGGAUGUCGUCCGGAAUGUAUUCUGAAUUCCGAUUGUCCGAGAGACAGAGCUUGCAUUAAGAACAAGUGUCAGAAUCCAUGUGACCUCGGAAUUUGCGGUCUCAAUGCCUUGUGUUCUGUCGGAAAUCACAUACCGAUUUGCACUUGUGCGCCGAGAAUGUCCGGCAAUGCCUUUAUAAUGUGUUCCCCGAUAGAAGACUCGAUAACGGAAGAUCCAUGCAAUCCCACACCGUGUGGCCCGAACAGCCAGUGCCGAAAGGUAAAGGAACAAGCUGUCUGUUCUUGUCUCCCUGGAUAUUUGGACGCACCACCUAAUUGUCGAGCUGAGUGCAUUAUCAGUUCCGACUGUCCCGCUAACAUGGCCUGCAAUAAUCGGAAAUGCAUAGAUCCCUGCCCCGGAACGUGCGGCAUUAGAGCGCAAUGUGUAGUUGUCAAUCAUAAUCCGAUUUGUUCUUGUCCCUCCGAGUUGACCGGUGACCCCUUCACUCAGUGCAUCCCGAGACCAAUAGAAUCUCCAGUACCGGUUAAUCCCUGCAUCCCGUCCCCGUGUGGAAUUAACAGUAAAUGCGAAGUUAUAAACAAUGCGUAUUCAUGUUCCUGUUUGCCCGAAUUCAUCGGUAAUCCGCCGAAUUGUAGACCGGAAUGCGUUAGUAAUGGCGAGUGUUCCACGCAAUUAGCAUGUAUCAAUCAGAAAUGUCGCGAUCCAUGUCCGGGCUCUUGCGGUAUUAAUGCUGAUUGUCGAGUAAUAAGCCAUACACCUAUGUGCAUUUGCCUUGACGGAUUCGAAGGUGAUCCAUUCAUGCUAUGUAAUCCCAAACAAAGCGAUGUCAUAAAUGCUGUAAAACCAACACCUUGUAUUCCAUCACCGUGUGGUUUUAACGCGAUAUGUCGCGAAUUAAACGGUGUUGGUUCCUGCACAUGUCAAUCAGAUUAUACAGGCAAUCCAUACGAAGGAUGUCGUCCCGAGUGUACGAUAAAUUCCGAUUGCACCGCAGAUCGUGCAUGUAUCGGAUCGAAGUGUCAAAAUCCUUGUCCAGGUUUUUGUGGAUACAAUGCAAUUUGUCAAGUAGUGAAUCACGCGCCAUUGUGCACAUGUCAACCUGGAUAUAGCGGCAAUCCAUUUGUCUCGUGUAAUAGAAUUAUGCAAGAUACGACAGUAGAACGUAAUCCGUGCAGCGAUUCUCCCUGUGGCCUUAACAGUCAGUGUCGUGAAUUAAACGGUCAAGCAAUAUGUUCCUGCUUACCUACAUUUAUCGGAACCCCGCCAAAUUGUCGCGCAGAAUGCACUGUUAGCUCCGAUUGUCCCGUGAAUCGUGCAUGCAAAAACCGCAAAUGCGUUGAUCCAUGUCCUGGUAUUUGUGGUAUCAAUGCAAGAUGCGAAGUGAUAAAUCAUAGCCCGAUUUGUAGUUGUAAUCAAGGUUUUACUGGCGAUCCCUUCGUAACAUGCUUCCAAAUGCAGAUAAAUGAAGAUACAUCUCCUGUGACGCCACAAAAUCCAUGCGUUCCAUCUCCUUGUGGUCCAUUCGCCAUUUGUCGCGAUAGCGGCUACGCAAACGUGCCGACCUGUACGUGCUUAGAAAAUUACAUCGGUAGCCCCCCGAACUGUCGGCCAGAAUGUACCGUGGAUUCCGAAUGCAGCAGCGAUAGGGCAUGCUUGAGACAAAAAUGUCGAGAUCCAUGCCCAGGUUCUUGCGGUAUCGGAGCGCAAUGUCUCGUGGUUAAUCACAUGGCCGUCUGUCUUUGUCCGAAGGGUUACACCGGAGAUGCGUUUGUCAAUUGCUCCCCAGAACCUCCUCCUGUACCACAAGAUCCUUGUAAUCCAUCCCCAUGCGGAGCCAAUGCGAUGUGCCGUGACGGCACUUGUACCUGUCUGCCCGAGUAUCAAGGUGAUCCUUAUACCGCAUGUCGACCCGAAUGCGUGCAAAAUCCAGAUUGCCCGUUAGACAAAGCCUGCGUUCGUAACAAAUGUUUCGACCCGUGUAUUGGAGUUUGCGGACAAAACGCAAAGUGCACAGUAAUAAAUCAUACCCCGAUGUGCGCUUGUCCUGACGGAAUGUCCGGCAAUGCAUUUGCAGCGUGUUAUCCGAUCGUUCAAGAUCCCACAGUCAUCGAAAACCCAUGUAAUCCAUCGCCCUGUGGCCCGAACAGUCGAUGUCAGAGUUUUAAUAAUCAAGCAGUAUGUACGUGUAUACCUGGAUUCAUAGGAAGUCCGCCCGCUUGCCGUCCCGAAUGCAUAGUGAAUACUGAUUGUGCGCUAAACGAAGCCUGCAUCAACACGAAAUGCAGCAAUCCCUGCCUCGGUUCGUGCGGUAUUUCCGCUCGUUGCCAAGUAUUGAAUCACAAUCCAAUCUGCAGCUGUCCUCCCGUAUUUACUGGCGAUCCGUUCGUACGUUGCAUACCAAGACCGGAAGAUGUACCAAAACCGAUAAAUCCAUGCCAACCUUCGCCCUGCGGUCCCAAUGCUCAGUGUCAAGUCGUCAACGACGCACCAUCGUGUUCUUGCAUGCCCGAGUUUAUUGGAACACCACCAAGUUGCAGGCCGGAAUGUAUCGGUAACAGCGAAUGUCCAAAUCAAAUGGCGUGUAUUAAUCGCAAAUGCAGAGAUCCAUGCCCUGGCUCUUGUCAUUCCUUGGCCAGUUGCAACGUUGUUAAUCACGUGUCGAUUUGCUCGUGUCCUGCCGGUUAUACAGGCGAUCCAUUUGUUCAGUGCGCAAUCAUGCCCAGCACAUUAUCGGUACCAAGUCAACCUUGCCAACCAUCACCUUGCGGAACGAACGCCGUGUGUAGGGAACAAAAUGGCGUUGGUUCUUGUACAUGCUUGCCCGAAUACAUUGGAAAUCCUUAUCAAGGAUGUCGUCCCGAAUGUAUCAUUUCUUCAGAUUGUCCCGCGCAUUUAGCUUGUAUCGGAUCCAAGUGUCAGAAUCCAUGUCCUGGCUCGUGCGGUGUUAAUACCAAUUGCCAAGUUGUCAACAAUAUCCCUGUUUGCACUUGUAUCCAAGGCUACACUGGCAAUCCGUAUAUAAAUUGCAUUUAUCAGGCUCUUGACAUUUCCGAUGAAAAGCGUGAACCGUGCAAACCUUCUCCUUGCGGUCCCAACAGUCAAUGCACUAAUAAUAAUGAUCAAGCUGUCUGCUCCUGUUUGCCCGAAUUUAUCGGAACCCCACCGAAUUGCAGACCAGAGUGCUUAGUAAAUUCAGAAUGUGGAUCGAACCGAGCAUGCGUGAAUCAAAAAUGUGUAGAUCCGUGUAUCGGCACCUGCGGCCGUGACGCUCAAUGCAAGGUCAUACAUCACAGCCCAAUUUGUGUAUGCGCGAAUGGCUUCACGGGCGAUCCGUUCAUCUAUUGCUUUGCAAUGCCAAUUUCAAAACCAGAAGAUCAAUACCCGAAGGACCCAUGCUUGCCGUCACCUUGCGGACCCAAUUCCCUAUGUAGAGCUAUCGGUGAUGCCCCGGCAUGUAGUUGCAUGCAGAAUUACAUCGGUGCUCCACCCAACUGUCGACCCGAGUGCUCGAUAAAUUCGGAUUGUCCCGCCGAUAAAGCUUGCAUUAGAGAAAAAUGUAGAGAUCCUUGUCCAGGCUCGUGCGGCUUCCUGGCACGUUGUUCGGUGAUCAAUCAUACGCCGUCCUGCGUGUGUCCCGAAGGAUACACCGGCGAUCCUUUCGUGGGUUGCAAUACUGUGCCUCAAAGACCUCUACCGCCCCCAGACAGAUGUAAUCCCUCACCAUGCGGCCAGAAUGCCCGAUGCAAUGAUGGAAUCUGUACAUGCAUAUCCGAAUACUUCGGAGACCCGUAUGUCGGCUGCCGACCAGAAUGCGUUAUUAAUGCCGAUUGUUCUCGGGACAAGGCAUGCAUGCUCCAUAAGUGUCGCGAUCCGUGCGUCGGAACAUGCGGCUUUAACGCGGAAUGUAAUGUCAUUAAUCAUUUGCCAAUGUGCGGUUGCCCGAGAAAUAUGACCGGCAACGCAUUCAUUUCGUGCACGGCUCUUCAAGAUUCGAUCAUCGUGGAAUCUCAACCGUGUAAUCCAUCCCCGUGCGGUCCAAACAGUCACUGUCGCGUGUCCAACGGUCAAGCGAUUUGCACGUGCAUCGCUGGAUUUAAAGGUACCCCGCCAUCUUGCAGACCGGAAUGUCUCAUAAGCGUCGAUUGCGCUCGCAAUAGAGCCUGCAGCAAUCAGAAGUGCAUCGAUCCAUGUCUCGGUGCGUGCGGAUUAAGUGCGCAAUGCACUGUUGUGAAUCACAAUCCUAUAUGCAGCUGCCCGCCACCGUACACAGGAGAUCCGUUCGUUCAAUGCGUACCACAACUGGAAGAACCGAAACCAUCGAUAAAUCCCUGUCAACCCUCACCUUGCGGCUCGAACGCGGUUUGCCGAGUUCUCAACAACGCCCCAUCAUGCUCGUGUCUACCCCAGUUCGUCGGAAUUCCGCCUAGAUGUAAACCAGAGUGUAUCAGUAACAGCGAAUGUCUCAGUCAACAGGCUUGCAUUAAUCAAAAAUGCCGGGAUCCUUGUCCGGGAUCGUGCGGUAGAAACGCGGAAUGUAGAACCGUCAGUCACACCCCAAUGUGCAUUUGCGCCAAUGAUUUUACCGGCGAUCCAUUCAUUCAAUGUAACCCCCGACCGGUCGAUACACCGCUUGCUUCAUUAAAUCCUUGCCAACCAUCACCGUGUGGUGCGAAUGCGAUGUGUCGCGAGGUUUUCAAUUCGGCAUCCUGCAUUUGUUUGCCCGAUUUCUACGGAAAUCCGUAUGAGGGUUGUAGACCUGAAUGCGUAAUUAAUUCCGAUUGUACAUCCAAUCGAGCUUGUGUAAGAAACAAGUGUCAGGACCCAUGUCCGGGAACGUGCGGUCUCAAUGCAAUUUGCGAAGUUAUCAAUCACAUACCCACGUGCAGUUGUCAGUCAAGAUUUACCGGAGAUCCAUUUAGAUACUGCGGACCCAUACAAGAUACUCCUCCGACACCAAUAGGUAAUCCUUGCAACCCGUCUCCAUGCGGUCCGAACAGUCAAUGUCUUAACGUAAAUGGAAAAGCUAGUUGUUCGUGUCUGCCCACUUAUCAAGGAACUCCUCCCGACUGCAAAGCCGAAUGUGUUGUUAGUACUCAAUGCCCCAUGAAUCGUGCAUGCAUCAAUCAGAAAUGCGUUGAUCCGUGUCCAGGUGUGUGUGGCAUCAACGCCAAAUGCACCGUCUUGUCUCACAGUCCAUUCUGCAGCUGCGGAUCCGAUCAGAUCGGAGAUCCCUUCGUCAAGUGUUUCGACAUGCCCCUGACACCUACACCAUCGAUACAAGUUAACCCUUGCGUUCCGUCGCCCUGUGGUCCGUUUUCCACGUGUCAAGACAGGGGAGGUUAUUCGUCUUGCGCGUGCAUGCCUAAUUACAUCGGAUCGCCACCUUAUUGCCGUGCCGAAUGUUCGAUUAAUUCUGAUUGUACCAGCAAUAAAGCUUGCAUUAGAGAGAAAUGCAGAGACCCCUGCCCCGGAUCCUGUGGCGUUAAUGCCUUGUGUACUGUGAUUAAUCAUACUCCAUCGUGUACAUGUUCUGACGGAUAUACAGGCGAUCCCUUCAACAGUUGUUACCUAGCACCCAUGUAUAUUCCACCAGUAGCAACAGACCCAUGUAAUCCGUCACCAUGUGGACUCAAUGCCGAGUGCCGUAACGGUAUCUGCACUUGCAUAUCCGAAUAUCGUGGCGAUCCAUAUCGAGAGUGUCGACCGGAAUGUAUACAGAAUUCCGACUGUCCAUACAAUAAAGCUUGCGCGAAUAAUAAGUGUAUAAAUCCUUGCAAUGGAAUUUGUGGCCAGAAUGCGGAAUGCGCGGUCGUCAAUCACAUAGCCACAUGUAGUUGUAUCCAGGAUUAUGAAGGUGACCCAUUCACGCUCUGUAAACGUGUGCAAACGCGAACCAAACCCUGCGAACCCUCCCCCUGCGGACCUAACAGCAUCUGUCGCGAAUACGGCGAUCAAGCUUCCUGCUCUUGUCUACCCGGUUACUUGGGAAUCCCGCCAAGUUGCAGGCCCGAAUGUCUUGUUAACACCGAUUGUGAGCAGAGCAAGACUUGCAUGAAUACAAGAUGUCGUGAUCCCUGCGAAAAUACUUGCGGACUGAAUGCACUGUGUAUAACGCGAAAUCACAAUCCCAUUUGCAGGUGUCCUGAUCGGCAUUCCGGUGAUCCGUUCAUCAACUGUUUCCCCAUAACAACAUCGGAUGUAGAACCCAGCAAGGACCCAUGUUACCCCUCACCAUGUGGAUUGAACUCGCAAUGCGUGGUAUCCGUCGAUAAUAAACCCUCUUGUUCCUGUAUACCAACCUACAUAGGAUCUCCGCCCAAUUGUAAACCCGAAUGCCGCGCAAACAGCGAAUGUCCCAACAAUCGAGCAUGCAUUAAGCAGAAAUGCACCGACCCGUGCAUUGGAUUGUGCGGAUUCAAUGCACUGUGCCAAGUCACUUUGCACCAAGCCCGAUGCACCUGUCCCGAAUCAUACACUGGGGACCCAUUCACAGUUUGCUCUAAGAUCAUAUCAACUCCAGCACCGCCAGUAUCUUCUAGACCUUGUAAUCCCUCACCAUGCGGAACAAACGCGUAUUGCUACGAGAGAUUCGACACAGCCAUUUGUGAGUGCAUAUCGAACUACAGAGGCAACCCGUAUCAAGGAUGUCAACCUGAAUGCCUUGUGAACACCGACUGCCCGAAAUCUCAAGCAUGCAUAAGAAUGAGAUGUCAAGAUCUUUGCCCUGGUACUUGCGGCGUUGGUGCGAUCUGCACGGUAUCCAAUCACGUUCCCAUUUGUUCUUGUCCGUUACCAACGAUUGGAGAUGCUUUCACACUUUGUCGAGUUCCCGUAGAAGAUUCUAAGGAAAAGGAUCCGUGCUAUCCUUCACCGUGCGGCCCGAAUACUGUUUGCGAGACAAUCGGCAGUACUGCAAUUUGUAAAUGUCUACCUGGAUUGCAAGGUGUUCCAACGAGUGUAACCGGUUGCCAUCCGGAGUGUGUACUUAGCUCGGAUUGUCCAGGCGACAAGGCUUGCAUACAGAAUAAGUGCAAAGAUCCUUGUUCUCAAAAUGUAUGCGGUAGUAAAGCAGUAUGCAAGACGAUCAAUCACAGUCCACUUUGCAGCUGUCCAUCUUCGUUAAUCGGCAAUCCUUUCGAGGAAUGCUACACAAAGAUCGAAACUAAUCCAUGCAGUCCAUCACCUUGCAAUUAUAACGGCGAGUGUAGAGUGAAAAACGGCAUCGCGAUUUGCAUCUAUCCCGAGUGCGUUAUUAAUUCAGAUUGUCCGCGUGACAAGGCUUGCUUCACGCAAAAGUGUCGAGAUCCCUGCAUCGGCGUCUGCGGUAUCAAUUCCAUCUGUCAGACCGUUAAUCAUAAACCAAUCUGUUCUUGUCCAGUUGGAUUCACGGGCAAUGCACGAGUGCAAUGUACAAUCCCAACCCUCGAAGAACCGGUUCCAGAAUGCACCCAAAAUUCCGAAUGCUCGAAUGACAAAACUUGUUUCAAUCAAAAAUGCGUCGAUCCGUGCACUCUUGAUUCUUGCGGUCUUAAUAGUCGCUGUCACGUGAUAAUGCAUAGACCUAUAUGCGUUUGUAAUGAAGGCUAUACCGGAAGGCCUCAGCAAUACUGUCACCAAAUCGGUUGUCGUAACGAUAAUGAAUGUCCGUUGAUUCAAUCUUGCAUCAACAACGAAUGCAUCGAUACCUGUCUGGUUACGCAAUGCGGCAUCAACGCAUUGUGUACCGCUGAUGGAUAUCACAAGACUCGAUGCUAUUGUCCUGAUGGAUACACGGGUAAUCCUUACGAAAUAUGUGAGAGGCCCGAGUGUAUCAGCAACAACGAUUGCGCUUCGUCCUUAGCCUGUCGUGAUCUGAAAUGCGUUAAUCCUUGCAAUUGUCCACCAUCGGCACUAUGCACUGUCGCCAAUCAUCGGCCAACUUGUAAAUGUCCACCUGGUUAUAUAGGCAAUCCUUACAACUCAUGCCUUUUAGACUUACUAGAACCAGAGACGGAGUGUCAAGUCGACGCUGACUGUCCUAGCAAAUUGGCAUGUUUCAAUGGUAUUUGCAAAGACCCGUGCACAGAAACAAAACCAUGCAUUGCAAGCGCCAAAUGUAGUGUCGUAGAUACACUACCGAUGAGAACAAUGAUUUGCGAAUGCUUACCGAAUUUCGCCGGCGAUGCCACAGUUGCUUGUGUAUCAGUGGACAAACAAAUCGGUGCGAUAUGCGAGAGCGACUCACAAUGUACACCAGAUAUGGCCUGUCUGAACCGUCAGUGCAUCAAUCCAUGCACCGUUAAUCCAUGCGCUCCAAAUGCUGAGUGUCACAUUGAAAAUCACCGUCGCACGUGUCAAUGUCCCCGUGGAUAUACCGGUGAUCCGUUUAUAAAUUGCUACGAAGAAGAUGUAGUUCUUCCGGAAUGCAGAACGAAUACCGAAUGUCCGUCCGACAAAGCGUGUAUAAAUCAACGAUGUCAAAACCCGUGUUCCAGCAAUCGUUGCGGUCUAAAUGCAGAAUGUAUCGCAAUCAAUCAUCAUCCCUCUUGUCACUGCGAAAGCGGUUUAGCGGGUGAUCCGCAACUUCAAUGCUUCAAACCUGAAUGUAAGGUAGAUAACGACUGUCCUUAUGACAAGACCUGUCGAAAUGAUAACUGUGUCACUCCUUGCCUCGUUGGUGAUAUUGUGUGCGGCCGAGGAGCGGAAUGCAGAGCGGUGUCUCACAGAGCUCAGUGCAUUUGCCCGCAAGGAACUCAAGGUGACCCACGCGUGGCAUGCAUUUCCGCAAUCUGUCAUUACAACGAAGAUUGCGCCGAUCAUGAGGCUUGCGAUCGACUAAACAGGGUUUGCAGACCGGUUUGCGAGGAAGAUGCUUGUGCCGAAACUGCGAUCUGUAUCGCGCGCGAUCAUCAGCCCAAGUGUACAUGUCCUCCGGGUACUAUCGGAAAUCCAUACAUAACGUGCAAUGGUGAACCUUCCGAGCCGGAAUGUAUACAAGACAGCGAAUGCGCUUUGAAUCUCGUUUGCAUUAACACCAAGUGUCAAGACCCGUGUGUGUCCGCCGGUAUGUGCACCAGUGAACAGGAAUGCAAAGUCCUGAACACGAUUCCACUUCGUACGAUAAUCUGCUUGUGCCCAUCGAAUACGAUCACCGAUGUUAACGGCAAUUGCAAGCCGCUUGUAUUAGGCGAUGUACAAUGUCAUCUGGAUCAAGAUUGCGCGAAUCAUGAGAAGUGCUUCGAUGGAAAAUGCGUAGACGCCUGUUUGACAACUCAGUGCGGUUUCAACGCACAAUGUAAAGCUACAUCUCAUACUGGUAUCUGCUUCUGUUCUCAGGACUUUGCAGGCAACGCUUACAUAGAAUGCGCAAGAGUCCCUGUUGCUCCAUCGCUUCCAGGACUUCGACCGGAAUGUUACACGAAUAGCGAAUGCGCGCGCGAUAAACAAUGUAUAAAUUCGCUUUGCAUAAAUCCAUGCAUUGCUGGCGAUCCUUGUGGUAGAAACUCUCUGUGUCACGUUGACGAUCACCAUCCAAUCUGCAAAUGUCCAAUCGGCUAUGUCGGCGCUCCCACGAUCAAAUGCGUUCCACCGGAGAUCGUACCUGAGUGCGUAUCAAACAACGAAUGCGCAGGAAAUUAUGCGUGUGUCAACAGAGCGUGUAUUAAUCCUUGCAACUGUGGACCCAAUGCCAAGUGUAACGUCGUGAAUCAUUAUCCAUCUUGCGUAUGUCCUCCAGGCUACUCUGGAAAUCCUCAGUUGGGAUGUUUCAAACUCGACUGCGAAUCUGACAGCGAGUGCGAUUACGCAGCCACCUGCUACAACGGUCAAUGCGUGAAUCCUUGCAUCCUAGACAAUAAAUGCGCCAUCAAUGCGGAAUGUUACGGUAAAAAUCAUAGGUCAGCUUGUCGUUGCGGUCCUGGCUAUUAUGGUAAUCCUCAAAUUCAUUGUGAGAGGGUCGAGUGUAACACGAAUCACGAUUGCCCCUACAAUUUGGCUUGUAACGAUGGUCGCUGCGUGAAUCCUUGCGCCGAGAAUUCACCCUGCGCGCAGAAUGCCGUUUGUUACGUCCAGGAUCACGUGGCGUCCUGUCGUUGUCCCGAAAAUAUUCCUCUGGGAAAUCCAUUCUCCUAUUGCAAUCGGCGUCUCGCGGACGAAGAACCGGAGUGUAGAGUCGAUAUCGAUUGUUCGGACAAAUUGGUAUGCAUCCGAGAGAAAUGCAUCGAUCCUUGCCCAGUCAUCAAACCGUGCUUGGAGAACGCUCGUUGCGACGUUCUCGAUACCGUGCCUGUAAGGACCAUGAUUUGCACGUGUCCGGAGGGAUGGAUCACCGACAUUGAUGGUGUAUGCCGACCAAUACAACUGACGGUCGUUGGGACGUGCACGACGAACGACGAUUGCAGUGAUCGUGAGGCUUGCGUCAAUAGGCAGUGUCGCGACCCUUGCAACUGCGGGACCAACGCCGUCUGCUACGUGAGGAAUCACAAGCCGAUCUGCUCGUGCGAGCAAGGCUACCAGGGUAAUCCCGAGAUCGCGUGUCAGUCGGUCGAGUGUCGUCACGACAGCCAGUGUACACUCGACAAAGCCUGCGUGAAUAACAACUGCGUGAAUCCGUGCUUAGUCGCGGAUCAACCAUGCACAGGCAUCGACAGUGAAUGCUUCCCCAAUAAUCAUGUAGCCGAUUGCCGCUGUCGCAAAGGCUAUUAUGGCAAUCCGUUGGAUCGUUGCCGUGUCAUCGGCUGCUACAGCAACGGCGACUGUCCAGGCGAUCACUCUUGCAUUAACAUGCAGUGCAUUGAUCCUUGCGUUCAUGACAAUCCGUGCUCGUCCCGCGCGGAAUGCAGAGUCCUCAAUCACUUGCCGAUAUGUCGUUGCCCAUCCCGCUUCACCGGUAACCCGUACGUCAACUGCCAACCGGAAGUCAGACCCGAAUGUAGGGAAGACAGCGACUGUCCGGACAAACUCGCCUGUCUCGGCAACAAGUGUCAGAAUCCGUGUCUGAUCAUACAUCCGUGCACGGAACCGUCUGAAUGUCGGGUUCUGCCGACGUAUCCGAUACGCACCAUGGUGUGCGUGUGCCCCAGCGGAUAUGUCAGCAGCGGAAGCGGUACUUGUCAGGCUACCAAGCCGAUCCUUAAGAUCGAAUGCACCAAGGACGAUGACUGUCCAACGGAGAGAUCCUGCAUCAACGCGGUGUGUCGAGAUCCUUGCGCGUGCGGACCUAACGCCGUUUGCAAGGUCAUCAAUCACAAACCGUUAUGUUCGUGCACGUUGGGAUACGACGGAAAUCCGGAUAUUGCCUGCACAAAAGUUGCAGGAUGUAGAACGGAUGGCGAUUGUAGCGGUUCGCACGCGUGUGUCCAACGCAAUUGCGUGCCGGCUUGUUCGCCAUCCUCCUGCGGUAAGAACGCGAUAUGUCAUGGUAUAAAUCACAAAGCCAUCUGCGAGUGUCCGCCUGGUUUCGGCGGCAACCCGAGGGAUUCUUGCGUGCUGCUAGGAUGCAGAAGCAAUUCGGAUUGUCCGACCAACAGAGCCUGCAUCAACAAUCGUUGCGAAAAUCCUUGCGCACAGAAUCCAUGCACCGGCAACAUGGACUGUAACGUUUACAAUCACGUUGUAGAAUGCGCGUGCCCGCCUGGCUACGUCGGCGAUGUUAAAUCAGGAUGUACUAAAGUUAAAGAAAAAUGCAAAGCGGAUAAUGAAUGCCCGUCUCAGACCGCAUGCUUCAACGGACAAUGCAUCAAUCCAUGUAUCAAAAUCAAACCCUGCGGCAUUAAUGCCGAAUGUAAAGUCCUGGACACCAGCCCAAUUAGGACCAUGAUAUGCGAAUGUCUUCCAGGAUAUCGCGGAAAUGCAGUUGUCCGCUGUGAUCCAUUGUUGAAAGCAUGUCCGAGAGGUCAGGUUCGUGAUGAAUACGACAAUUGCGUUUGCCCGCUUGGAUUUGGUAAGGAUGAACACGACGAGUGCAUACCUUGUCGCAAACAGUCCAAUAUGGUAAUAAACGAAGAAGGUUAUUGCGUAUGCGACCUGGAAAAGGGUUUCAUCAUAGACGAGUACAGUCACUGCGUGUGUCCAACGCAAUACGGAUAUAGAAUAGAUGCCAGUGGAUACUGCAGACAGAUUCAAAUAAUAGAGUGCACUCAUAACGAUGAUUGCGCCGAUGACAGAUACUGCGAUAAAACCACUCGAACUUGCCAAGAUCCCUGUAAGAAACAACAAUGUGGUGUACACGCACUUUGCAACGCCACUAGACAUCAAGCUAUCUGCAUCUGCGUCAAUGGUUACUUGGGCAAUCCGUAUACACAAUGCUAUGAUAGAAAGGACGGCCGAACAGACUUCCCUAGGCCGGAAAUGGAUGUGAGCUGUCUGUCGGAUGGAGUACAAGUCGUAAUACACCUGCAAGAUCAAGAUUUCGAUGGUGUAUUGUAUGUUAAAGGACGCAGCAAGGACGAGCAGUGUAGACGAGUUGUUUCGAUACCAGCCGAGACUGAACAUAAGACGGAAACGUUCAAAGUUGCAUUUGGCAAUUGCGGACUUAUACACGUGAAUGGACAAGCUAGCUUCGUACUCGUCAUACAGAAACAUCCCAAGUUGAUGACCUACAAAGCACAGGCCUAUCAUAUCAAAUGUAUAUAUCAGACUGGAGAGCAAAACGUUACCCUCGGUUUCAACGUGUCCAUGUUGACGACUGCUGGAACAAUCGCUAACACUGGUCCACCACCUAUAUGUAUAAUGAAAAUAGUCGCGCAGAACGGAAAUGAAAUUAAUUCGGCUGAGAUUGGAGACAAUCUGAUGCUCCAAGUAGAAGUUCAACCUUCAACUAUUUAUGGUGGAUUUGCGCGAAAUUGCGUCGCUAAAACUAUGGAGGAUAAUUUGGAGAACGAAUACAUUGUAACAGAUGAGAAUGGCUGCGCGACAGAUCCUACGAUAUUCGGCGAGUGGGAACAAAAUCCUGAUACUCAAUCACUAAUGGCUAGUUUUAACGCAUUCAAGUUUCCCAGUAGCGAUAAUAUAAGAUUCCAAUGCAAUAUACGCGUGUGCUUUGGACGUUGUCAGCCUGUAAACUGUCGCGGCUACAAUGCCUUUGGCCGUCGCCGUAGAGACGUUUCCGAAAGCAACGACACGUCUCUAAGUGUAUCUGAUGGGUUUGAAGGUCAACUUCGUGAAGAGAUAACUAUUCAAUCAAAUUUAAUAUUCACUCUGGAAAGGAGAGAGGAGAGGUAUACAGCAGAUCCAGCUGAAGCUCCUUCAGCACAAAGAGUGGAAGAUAUCUGUGUUUCUAUGGUCGGCUUUAUCAUAGCGUUGAUAAUUACGGCGCUUUUGGCACUGGUUGCCGUAGCUAUCGCUGUGUCAUGCUGGCUUAUGGCGUAUCGACGUCAGCCAAAGACUGCUGGACCACUGCCACACCCACCAGAGUUCCCAAAUCCUCUGUUCACUACUGAAUCUGUAGCUGAACCAUCUCCUGAUUAUCACUUAUCAUAAGAAAAAAGUCCCUUAGAAUUAAUAUUUUAUAUAAAUAAUAUAAAUUUUAUAAUUCUCUUUCUUUUAAUGGAAUGCAUCUCAGACCAUUCGUCCUAUUGGUCGGUUUUGUAUUUCUACAUACAACUCCUCCAAUGACUAUCAUUCCAUCUCUUUGUAUUUUCUUUUUAAGGGUUCAAACACUGAUAGAUCACUGUUACAUAGAAUCAUUUUAUAUACAUACUAUUUAUGGUGAUGGUUUGCUUUCAUUAUCUACUUGCAAUUUAAAAAAAUGUAAGGCUCCUUUUUUCUUCUUCAUAUAUCUUUCCUCUGUAUUAUUCUCUCUAGUCCGUGGAGGAUUUGUUAAAUAUAAUGCUGCGAAUUUAAUUCCUGUGUAAAGUCAAUUAGUCUAAUAUAGCUUUCUUAUCGCGAAAAUAGGUAUAAUUGUACAUUUUAUCUAAUAAAAGCUAACGAAAUAUUUUUAAAAAUUUUUA